AUGGCUAGUGGUGCUGUCUCCAAGAGAAAGGGCUCCUCGGCUCUUAAAGAUGGGUCUAAGAGACAGAAAAAAUCAACUAAAACAGUUACCUUAGAUGCUAAAAAGCAGGCCAAGACUCAGACAAAUGAAAAUUCAAGUAACUCUGAAGACGAGUCAAAAGGAACUGCAGAUACUGAUAAAGUUGUCGAAGAAAUUGAUGAUGAGUAUGAAGAUGUUGCAAAUCUUCUUGAAAGAGACAACGAGGAAAAGGAAAAAUUGAAGCUGGAAAAGGAAAUACAAAAACAACUGAAGAAGCAAGAUAAGCAUUUGGAGGAAAAACAGGAAUUUGCAGAUGAUGCUUCUGCAGAUGAAGAGGAGGAAGAGAACAAAAAUGAUACGAUUGAGAGUAAACAAAACGGAAUACAACCGGAUGUGUCUGAAAUUCCACAAAACUUUACUGAUUUAUCCCUCUCUGGACCUACUCUUAAGGCUAUCCAGUCGAUGGGUUUUACCAAAAUGACUGAAGUUCAAGCACGAACUAUUCCUCCCUUGUUGGCCGGUAAAGACGUGUUAGGUGCUGCCAAAACUGGUUCUGGUAAAACCUUGGCAUUUUUGAUUCCAGCUAUAGAAUUGUUAUACUCCCUCAAAUUUAAACCAAGAAACGGUACCGGUGCAAUUGUCAUUACUCCAACUAGGGAAUUGGCCCUACAAAUUUUUGGUGUCGCAAGAGAAUUAAUGGCUAAUCAUUCGCAGACGAUAGGUAUAGUUAUCGGUGGUGCAAAUAGAAGACAAGAAGCCGAAAAACUAAUGAAAGGUGUGAACAUAUUAAUUGCGACUCCUGGUAGACUAUUGGAUCAUUUGCAAAAUACAAAAGGUUUUAUUUUCAAAAAUCUGAAAACUUUGAUCAUGGACGAAGCUGACCGUAUUUUAGAAAUUGGUUUCGAAGAUGAAAUGAAACAAAUUGUUAAAAUUUUGCCAAAUGAAGAUAGACAAACCAUGUUAUUUUCUGCGACCCAAACUACAAAGGUUGAAGAUCUAGCUAGGGCUUCGUUGAAAAGAAGACCUGUCUAUAUCAAUGUCCAUGAAGAAAGAGAAUUCUCAACGGCUGAAGGUUUAGAGCAAGGAUAUGUUGUUUGUGAUUCUGACAAAAGAUUUUUGCUACUAUUUUCAUUCUUGAAGAGGAAUUUAAAGAAGAAGAAGAAGAUCAUUGUCUUUUUCUCCUCUUGUAAUUGUGUGAAGUAUUAUUCAGCUUUGUUGAACUAUAUCGAUAUACCUGUGCUAGACCUACAUGGCAAGCAAAAACAACAAAAGAGAACAUCAACCUUCUUUGAGUUUUGUAAUGCUAGUCAAGGUAUUCUGCUUUGUACUGAUGUUGCGGCUAGAGGCUUAGACAUUCCUGAAGUUGACUGGAUUCUUCAAUUCGAUCCACCAGAUGAUCCAAGAGAUUAUAUCCAUAGAGUUGGUAGAACUGCCAGAGGUAACUCUGGUAAGGGUAAAUCACUUAUGUUUUUGUUGCCUCAAGAACUUGGUUUUUUGAGAUACUUAAAAGCCGCAAAGGUUCCACUAAAUGAGUAUGAGUUCCCAUUGGACAAAAUUGCUAAUGUCCAGUCUCAACUAGAACAGUUGAUCAAAAACAAUUUUUGGCUUCACCAAGCUGCUAAAGAUGGUUACAGAGCAUAUUUACAAGCAUAUGCUUCACAUCAUCUGAAAACUGUUUACAAGGUUGAUAAAUUAGAUCUUGUCAAAGUUGGCAAGUCUUUUGGAUUCAGUGUUCCUCCAAAGGUCAAUAUCACUAUAGGAUCCAGUGUUACCAAAUCUAAGAAGAAAUAA